AUGUCACCUGCUACAAGUUCGACGCUCGAGUCCUCUAGCGGCAAGAGGACUGAUUCAACGUAUGAGGUGGCGACAGAACAAGUGACCCUACCAAUCUCGUCUUUACCAGCGGCGUACGCAGUUACCCCUACUGUAAGCGGCAACUACACUAGCUCCACCCUUUCGCAUUGUGGGGGAUUUUUGAACCUUUCGGAAUCUGGAGUCAGCCUUCUUGUACCAGAGGGCGCAGUCUCUAGAACUCUUCCUGUCGAUCCUCAACGAGGACUGCUUCAGGCCGAAACUAGCAGAGGGCCUAACCCAACUGUCGCCUGUGGUCUCUUGCGGUCCCAACAUCUCCCUCAACAAGUCCGUGGUGCUCAAAGUUCCUCACUGCGCCGAGAUCACCAGGAAUAACUGGUGCGUCUCGGUCCUUCAGAGCGACUGCAGCGACUCGCAGUGGCAGAAUGCUGUCACGCUGGGACAGGAGACCAUCAACACCACAGUUUUCUGUCAGUUGGAUAAGAGCGCGGCCUAUCUGGUUACUGAGAGUUUAUCCAGGUAUGUGAUCGUCGGGCGAUCCGUCUCUGGCAACGCCAUAAAGAGGCUGAAGCUAGCUGUGUUUGGCCCAAAGCUCUGUUUCCAAUCGUCACUGGACUACAGCGUACGAGUCUACGUCUUGGAAGACACUGAAAGCUCUAUGGAGACUGUAUUUGGUCAAGAAAAGCGUCUUGGCGGCUAUCUCUUGGACGAACCUCGCAGUAUCACCUUCCAAGAUGGCGGCCAGAGCCUCUGCGUGUCCUUGGAUAACAUCAGCGACGGCUGGAGGGCCAAGACAGCUUCCAAUUACCAAGAGAUACCAUUCAGACAUCUUUGGCAAGCUAGCAGCAAUAGCUUGCACUGCUCCUUCGCAUUGGAAGCAUUUGAAAUCAACAGAGUACUCAAUUUCAAACUCAAAGUCAACCAAAAGAGCUUCGACUACAUCCAGGUGUUCGAUAUUACGUGCAAAGAUGACGGAGAGAUGAUCGAGAAGACCAGUUCGGGAAAGUUCGUGCCAAAAGUGACGAUACAAAGUGAAACCAGCAGGUCUAAUGACUCCAAAAAGUCAGUAGAGUAUGCUAAAAGUGCCAAAAGACUAGAACCGCUCGCUAAAAACCUCAUACUCACAGACAGAGGUGUUUCAACGUGUGAUGAUUUUAACUUUAGGUUGAAUAAAUCUUUACGUAAACAGUUAUGUCAAUGUCUUGAUCCUCCAACUCAAAGGGGGAAUGAUUGGAGAAUGCUCGCGCAUGCGCUAGCUGUCGAUAGAUAUAUCAACUUCUUUGCAACGAAACCUUCCCCUACAGACUGUAUUUUGGAUUUGUGGGAAGCUAGGAACAGAGAUAGUAAUGCUCUGACGGAACUAAAGCAAAUAUUCACAGAUAUGGAAAGGUUUGAUGCUGUGACUGUUCUAGAUAAUUCGUUAGGACCUAACUGGCUGUAAAUUUGUAUUUUUUUCUUCUAAUAUGCGAUGGUCGUUCGGCAUGCUCUGUCAGCUGUCAUAAAUUUAACCAAAAUACGAGUUGAACAGUGUUGCCAAAUGAUACCAUGCAUAACUCACGUUUCUUGGAUCUUCUUUUGUUUUUCAUUAAAACUCAAAUGUGAACAUACCCUAAUGCGGGAACGCACUAUUGUCAGAUCACGUGAGCUCACAAAUUGACAUGUAAAUCAGGAUACAUGGUGACGUAUCACGCUUCUUUCGUAAAGAAGGGUGUAAGAAAUAUUUAAUUAACCCAGCAGUUUAGAUUUUGAUACGAAUAGCCAUGACGUGACAAUAAUGUGUUUCUGCAUUCACUUUCCUGUUCACUUAUCAGUGAUAGGAGAAUUGUCACAUCUCAAGCCAAAAGAAGUAUGUGCCGAACGACUACCUCAAGAUGAAUAACUUUGUAUAUAUUAGUUUUAAAAUACACGUAUGAACUUGCUUUAUUUAAAAUCGCUUAUAUUUACGAAUUUAUAAUUAUGUAUAUGAUGUUACUUUUAUUGUAUGUUAUGUAAUGUCUUAAGAGACAAAAAAAAUUAAGGACCAUUAUUCGGUUUUGUGCAAUUAUUUGAAAUAGAGAUAUUUUAGCCUCAUUUUGAUGGUAGAAUUUUGAGAAAUGAUUGCAUCUGGACGUUACAUUGGAUUCAACCUUCACAUUUCCGCAGAACACUUUUUUAUUUUGAAAUCUCUGAAAUCAAAUCCUCAUUCAACAGUUUUAGUGGUUCAUAUUUUGAGAUGAUUAUAUUUUUGAUUCAUUUGUCAAACGUGAAUCAUAAGAAAGAAUACAGUUGGUUAGUGGCAGAUCUUGCAAUGAUUUGUACAGAGUUUUGAAAAUGUUAAUAAAUAAUCAGAAGCAGUUAUUCAACAAGUGCACCUUUUGCUGCUUAUUCAGUCAGUGGUGAGGUUUUGUUUUUUUUUUCAUUUUGAAGAAAAAAUCCAUUACACUUUUUUGUAUAUUUUAGAUGUUUCUAGUUAUUUAAAAAAAAUUCCAGCAAUGGGAGCAUAACCCUCCCUAAACACCCUUGAUCUGUCACAGUAAAUAGAGGACAUAUUUUACAAAUAUUUUCAACAAAUCUAUAGUUGGCCAUAUUUAUUUUUACAGUCAGUAUACCCUUGCCUCUUUGUUGAAAAUAUUUGUUCACUUGUUAUCUAUAAAGCACCAGAUAAUCUAAAAGUUAUAUAAAAUGUAAGUUUGAGUUUAGAACGUAAAACAAAAAAGAAUUAUAUAGAAUUUUAUACAAAAAUCAAAAGGGUAGUUUUUUAGAUGUUUUAGAUAUGAUGUUUUGUACAAAAAUCAAUGUAACAUGUAGAACUGGUUCUACGUUGUACUAUGUAUUUUAGAAUAUAUUAAUAGAACAGAACAAUGUAUAUAUGGUCAAUAUAUAGACA